AUGGAUGAGAGCAAGGGACCCCCAAAGGGGGGCCUCCCCUCCGCGUCCGAUUCUGUGAACAGCAGCAGCAGCAACAGCAGCAGCAGCAGCAGCUGCGACGCUGUUGGGCCUGCUUACGCUGCUGCAGCCGCACCAGCAGCAGCCCCUGCUGCUGCAGCGCCUGCUGCAGCAACAGCAGUAACAGCAGCAGCAGCAGGGGGGCCCCCCCCUCAGGCGGAGGUUAUUCGGGAAUAUGUGGAGGCUUUUUUAGUCACUAUUUUCGGCGUUGUCGUUAACCCUAAACCUCAGAGGGUCGUCAAAUGCCACCUGAAGGCCUUCGCCGUCCCAAUUCUCGGAAUUGACGAGGAGUCGAACGGGAAUUCUCUGGUGCUGACGGGGAAUUUGCUGCUGCAGCCGUUGCUGCAGCGGGAGGGUUUGCAGUGCACUCGGCAGCAAAUAAGUUGCUUCGUGCGGCUGCUGCAGCAGCAAUACUGCAGCAGCAACUUGUACCACAACCGGGCGCAUGCAGCAAUGGUCGCUCACUGCUGCCGCUGCAUAGUCUCCGACGUAUUCCCCCACAAACGCGAACUGACGUAUCUGGACGAGGCGUGUCUGGUGGUGGCGAGCGUGGCGCACGACGUGGGCCACCCAGGCCUCACGAACCAGUUUCUGGUCAACGCCAGGUCUGCGCUGGCGCUGACUUAUAAUGACAUUUCAGUUUUGGAGAACUACCACGCAGCUUGCUGCUUCCGGACUGCAGCAGCACCAGCAGCAAACUUGUUCGCAGGUCUUUCCCAGGACCUUUUCCACUAUUUGCGCCAGCACGCCAUCGAGCUCAUUCUCGCCACCGACAUGAAGCACCACUUCGACUUCAUUUCGCACCUCAGGGUGCGCUUUAGGGUUUAG